CCGCGGGCGGUCCGGGAGGCGCGGGCAGCGUGGGAACCGGCGGCAGAAUGUGUGACCGGAACGGUGGGCGGCGGCUGCGGCAGUGGCUGAUCGAACAGAUCGAUAGCAGCAUGUACCCGGGGCUGAUCUGGGAAAAUGACGAAAAGACCAUGUUCCGUAUCCCCUGGAAGCACGCCGGCAAGCAGGAUUACAACCAGGAGGUGGAUGCUUCCAUCUUCAAGGCCUGGGCAGUUUUUAAAGGGAAGUUUAAAGAGGGCGACAAAGCUGAACCAGCCACGUGGAAGACGAGGUUACGCUGUGCUCUGAACAAGAGCCCAGAUUUUGAAGAAGUGACUGACCGGUCCCAGCUGGACAUUUCCGAGCCAUAUAAAGUUUACCGAAUUGUCCCCGAGGAAGAACAAAAAUGCAAGCUGGGCGUGGCACCUGCCGGCUGCAUGAGCGAAGUCCCCGAGAUGGAGUGUGGCCGCUCCGAGAUCGAGGAGCUGAUCAAGGAGCCUUCUGUGGAUGAAUACAUGGGUAUGACCAAGAGGAGCCCAUCCCCGCCAGAGGCCUGCAGGAGCCAGAUCCUCCCUGACUGGUGGGUCCAGCAGCCCAGUGCAGGCCUGCCACUGGUGACCGGAUAUGCCGCCUAUGACACACACCAUUCAGCCUUCUCCCAGAUGGUGAUCAGCUUCUACUACGGGGGCAAGCUGGUGGGCCAGGCCACCACCACCUGCCUUGAGGGCUGCCGUCUCUCUCUGAGCCAGCCGGGGCUGCCUAAGCUGUAUGGGCCAGAUGGCCUGGAGCCCGUGUGCUUCCCGACGGCCGACACCAUCCCCAGUGAGCGGCAGAGGCAGGUGACCCGGAAGCUGUUUGGGCACCUGGAACGUGGCGUGCUCCUGCACAGCAACCGCAAGGGCGUGUUCGUGAAGCGGCUGUGCCAGGGCCGCGUGUUCUGCAGCGGCAACGCGGUGGUGUGCAAGGGCAGGCCCAACAAGCUGGAGCGGGACGAGGUGGUGCAGGUCUUUGACACCAACCAAUUCAUCAGAGAGCUCCAGCAGUUCUACGCCACCCAGAGCCGCCUACCUGACAGCAGGGUGGUCCUCUGCUUCGGGGAGGAGUUUCCGGACACGGCGCCCUUGCGUUCCAAACUCAUUCUGGUGCAGGUAGAGCAGCUGUAUGCCAGGCAGCUGGUGGAGGAAGCAAGCAAGAGCUGUGGUGCUGGCUCCCUGAUGCCAGCUCUGGAGGAGCCCCAGCCGGAUCAGGCUUUCCGCAUGUUUCCAGAUAUCUGUACCUCACACCAGAGACCCUUUUUCAGAGAAAAUCAACAGAUCACCGUCUAAGGCUCAGUUCGGGAACCCCACCUCGCCUGAGCUCAAGCUUCAAGAUUCUGUGACUAAGAGACGUCUGAAAGGAUGUGGACCCCUCUGACUGGGGUGGGCGGGUGUCCUCCAAGGGCGCUCCUGAAGCCCACUGAUGGAUGCUCUCCUGAUCAGGCAGGUGUCACAAGCUUGCAGGGGCUGAGGCCACAACCUGUGAUUAAAGCAUUCCUUUCCUGCGUUUUCCCCUUCACCAUUAAUGGCUGGCCUUCUUUCUGCAUGCUGAGGUCUUUGUCACUGUGACGGUUCAAAUCACCUGGUGGCAGCAGACCCGCCUUCGUCCCUCUGUGGCUGAAGGUAGAGAUUUAUGAGUUUCUCUGCUUGAGUGGAGAAGAAGAGACUUUAAUAUUCAGGUGUUUUUCUUUUUUUUUUUUUGUUUUGGGCCAGAACUCUGAAAAGAAUAA